CAACGGAGAAUCAAGAUUCCGAGGAGUAAUAAUGGCCGUCACGCCGGGACCAUUCCAUCCCGACCACCACUUCCGGGCACCUCCGCCUUCUCCCGCAGCACCCGGCCGCCCUGACCACCAUUUCCGGGCACCUCCGCCCUCUCCCAUAGCCCACGGCCGCCGCUCCGGCAUCGCCAACGACCAAGAACUGACCCAGUUCCUCCAGAGCUCCCUCAGAGUCCCCAACCUCGCCCUCCCCGGCCGGGGGUUUCCCCGGAGGAAGCUGGCCCGGGACCCGCCGGAGCUCGACUUCCGGGCCCUGGAAUCAAUGGGCCCGGAAUCCACGCUCGACGUCCUGGACUCCGCCGCGAGGGCCGGUUGCUUUGUGGUCAUUAACCACGGAAUCCCGGGCGAACUGAUCCGGUCGGUUCUGGCCGCCGGCGACGGGGUUUUCAGGAUUCCGCCGGAGGUGAAGGCGGAGGCGGCACGGUCGCCGGAGAUUCCGUGGGGGUUUGAGGAGGUUGAUGGAGAGGCGGAGACGCAUGGGAGCGAAGAGUUUGUGUGGUGCAAUGAUGAUCCAGCCUUCAUCAAGAAAAUGGAGGGGUUUUGGCCCAUGGGGUUUUCAAAUUUCAGAGAAGAAAUGGAGAAGCUAUUGGGUGAUGUUAGAGACAUAUCCAAGAAGAUUCUUGGGGUCUUAGAGAAGAAUAAGAAGAAUAUUCCCAGCAGCAGCAGAAGAAGGAAAGCAUUCCAAGAAGAAGAAGAAGAAGAAGAAGAAGAAGAAAGGAGAUGCGGCAAUGUAUGCUAUCUCCACAAGCAAUGGCACAUUGGGAACAGCUCUAGUGAAUAUGAAAUGAUUCGGUUUUUGAUCAGAGGGUGUGAAUUCCCUCACCAUUUGUGUGCCCAUUUCUCCAAUGGGUCUUCCAGCUUCAAUGUUUACUCCAAGAAACAAUGGGUCUCCUUCCACCCCCGCCAAAACUCCAUCGUUUUCACCGUUGGUGACAUGUUGCAGGCAAGGAGUGGUGGAAGGUAUAAACAUGUAAUAGGGAGGGCAGUCUUCCAAGAAGAACAAUUGGGCUGUAUUUCAAUGGCUAUUUUGUACUCUCCACUACCUGAUGAAGAGCAACUUCAUUGUCUUCGUAAAGGAGAUUCCACCAUGCAAUCAUAUAUUGAUUUAGCUCUCAAAAUUGUCACUAGCUUUGCUCUUGCACGUGAGCCUGUUCCUGAGCAAGAUAUCAUCCUCAAUGUUCUACGUGGUUUUCCCUCAGAAUAUGCAUCCUUCAAACAAAAUAUUCAUAUUAAUAUUGCUCAACUCAUGAUCAAUCAGGAGCAACUUCAUUGUGUUCGUAAGGGAGAUUCCACCAUGCAGCCAUAUAUUGAUUCGGCUCUCAAAAUUGUCACAAGCCUUUCUCUUGCACGUGAGACUGUUCCUGAGCAAGAUAUCAUCAUCAGUGUUCUACGUGGUCUUCCCUCAAAAUAUGCAUCCUUCAAACUAAAUAUUCAUACUAAUAUUGCCCAACUCAUGUUCAAUCAGGCAUCCUCAUGGUUACUCUCUAAGGAAUGAAUAUUCAAAUUAAACAAAAGCUGCAGCUUGUG